UCCGUUACCUAUCUGCCUUCUCUCUCCCUCUCCUUCUCUCUCUAUCUCUCUAAUUGGGGAUCGGCUGUCAACUCUCUCUGUAUCUCUUGAUUCAGAAGCCUCUCUUUUUAGGUUGGGGUUGACCUUACAAUGUUAAAUUAUUCUUGUUUGGUGUUCUCUGGAUUGCUUGAUGAAUCUUUCUGAGUUCUUUUUGUGGGGAUCUAUGUGUAAGUGGAUCAUGAAGAUUUAUAUGAGCUCUCUUUGUGGUUUUGUGGAUUGAUUGAUAAAUCUGCAUAAUUUAUGGGUUUCCUUUGACAUAAUAAGAUGUUUGUGAGGUGAUUUUUUUUACUUUAGUUUGAUCAAAACUACACCCCAGAAGCCAGUGAAGAAGAAACAAAUAUGGGGGAAGCUUUACUUACAACCUUGUCAAUUGAGAAUUACCAUCCAUCCACACUUUUGUCAAUGGAUUCAGGUUUUUUGUCACAUGAUGAAUUGGAGAGGGAGAUGAAUCGAUCUGCAGUACUUCCUCGGCCACCAGAUAUCAAUCUUCCAUUGUCAUCUGAGCCUGGCCCGCCUCUCCUAGCUUGGAAUGAUCCGUGUGAUAUCUUAGAUGUUGGUCUUGGGCCUCAAAUUUAUGAGGCUGAAACAGUUGUUCAUGUCCCAAAAGCUACAAAAAAGUUCACUAAGCGGCUUGAUAGUGUAUGGGGUGCUUGGUUCUUCUUCAGUUUCUACUUCAAGCCUGUUUUAAAUGAGAAAUCAAAGAGUAAGAUUGUUUGGGAUGCUAAAGGAGUUUCUGGGUAUGAGAAAUCAGAUUUGCAGCUAGAUGCUUUUUUGGUUCAGCAUGAUAUGGAGAACAUGUAUAUGUGGGUUUUCAAGGAAAGGCCUGAAAAUGCUCUGGGCAAGAUGCAGCUCAGGAGUUAUAUGAAUGGGCACUCUCGACAAGGGGAGCGACCUUUUCCUUUCAGUGUGGAUAAGGGUUUUGUCCGAUCUCACAGAAUGCAGAGAAAGCAUUACAGGGGUCUGUCUAACCCUCAAUGUGUUCAUGGGAUUGAAGUUGUUCGGACUCCUAACUUCUUGAAUCUUGAUGAGGAAGAGAAGAAGAGGUGGAAGGAGCUCACAGGCCGUGAUAUAAACUUCUCUAUCCCUCUUGAAGCAAGUGAAUUUGGUUCAUGGAGGAAUCACUCAGAAUUUGAGCUUGAACGCCCUCCUCCUUCAUUGAAGACCAGCAUAAAUCCCCACCCAAGAAAAUUGCUCAAUGGGACUGGCUUGAAUUUAUCAACACAGCCAUCAGAUCACAGCAAUGGUGACAGAAUGGAUGUUUCAUCCACUUGUCACAAGCGGAAGAAGGAUUAUUUCCAGCGUGGGAGUGAUGAUGAUUCUUGCUUAACUAAUGGUUCACAUUCUGAAAGGGUACUCGAUACAAAAAUCCAGCUGGUUGAAUCUCCAUGGAUCAACGAAUUUAGUGGAGUAAUGAAGAAAGUUUUUGGGCCUGUGACAGCUGCAAAAACAAUUUAUGAAGACGAUGAAGGGUUCUUGAUCAUUGUCAGUUUGCCUUUUGCUGAUCUUGAAAGGGUGAAAGUAACUUGGAGGAAUACUCCCUCCCAUGGGAUCGUGAAGAUAUCUUGUGUUAGUACAGCCUGCAUGCCAUUCAUUAAAAGGCAUGAUAGAACAUUUAAGCUAACUGAUCCAACACCAGAGCACUGCCCUCCAGGGGAAUUUAUUAGGGAAAUUCCCCUUCCAAAACGCAUCCCAGAAGAUGCUAAAUUAGAAGCAUAUCGAGAUGAGACGGGAACAAUGCUUGAAAUUAUUGUGCCCAAAAGUCGUGAAGGACCAGAAGAACAUGAGGUCCACGUAUGCCUUCGCCCCUCUCCUUGGAGUGAGCGACCAUUUGUUGACCUUAAAGAAGCAUUUGUCUGAUAUGUAAGGAUGGUUGGUGCUUCAUUGUUUACUAACCUCAUUCCAUUAAGGAAAUUUGUGAAUUGAAAUCUGCAUUUUUUUCAGAUUGUCUUGUCGGUCCAUUAAAUUUUCUUUUUCUUUCUUUACAAGUAGGGUAUGCAAUUGGUUAUAAUAGGUUUUAGUAAGUUUAUUUUUGUUGUUGACUUAAGCUUGCAUUAAUUGUUCAUCGGAUUAAAAGAAGCGAAAUGGUGGAUAUAUAUUAUCAUUUGUUCUAUAGUUUGCUUUGAA